AUCAAUCGGUGCAUUUGAAUCACAACUUUUCCCCAACGAGUUUGACUUCCGGUCUUACAUUAAUGGCCUGCAGCCAGAUUGAUGAAAACGUCCGCUCAUCAUGGUUGUGAACGUGUCCAUCAGCUUAGUGAACAACCCUAGUGCUGUAUAUUACCCCGGACAAACAGUGCAGGCAUGUGUUCAGUUCCACUCGACAGUACAAAACCGUGUGAAAGGGAUAUAUGCCAAAUUUAAAGGUAAUUCACACACGAGUUGGUCAACUGGAUCGGGGGACAAUAAACAGAGUCAUAGCGAGACUGAGCAGUACUUCAAAACAGAGAUACCAUUAUUCCAAGCUCCUGAGGGUGACUAUGUGGAAAUGCAGCCAGGAAACUAUGGCUACCCAGUCAAUUUCUUGUUACCUCAGGUUGUGCCCUCUUCCUUCGAGGGUGGGACUGGCUACGUACGGUACUUGAUAAAGGCUAAAGUGAGGAUAAAGGGUGGGACUGAUUACAGAGUCCAGCAUCCCUUCACAGUCAUUUUCAUGCUUGACCUCAACACUAUACCGGAGGCCAGGCUGCCAGCCCAGAUGCAGGACACUAAGACAGGGUGUUGUCUGUGUUGUAAAACAGGCCCUGUCACCUGUAUGAUACGCUUGGACAAGCAGGGCUUUGUUCCCGGGGAAAAUAUUAAAAUAAAUGCUGAGGUCACGAACAACGGGACUUCAUCCAUCCAUAUGACCACUGUUAGCCUAAACAUGACUACUGUAUUCAAGGCCCAUGGAAGUACAACAAGCCGCAGUAAAGUUCUCUCGACAAUUUCCCACGGAGCUGUUGGUCCGAGAGAAUCUGACAUCUGGAGUGGCGAUCAGCUUCUUGUUUUAUCAACCCCACCAUCUUAUCUAUACGGAUGCUCUAUCAUUGAUAUUCAGUACUCAUGUCGGCUUGCUGCCGAUAUGGAGGGGUCUUUGAUGGACAUUAAGUUCGAUCUGCCAGUUAUAAUCGGCACUAUCCCGUUACGUCCACUCGAGGACCUUCCUCUUCAACCGCCUACCAUGUCAUAUGGACAACCAUCAGAACCAAGCUGGCUGCCUAGCAACGACCAACAGCCUGACAACAUCGCACUGAACAACAUGGGUAAUGCUGGACCAAUCACAACACAACCAGGACGCCCCCCUGAUGCCCCACCGAGCUACGAGGAGUGUAUGACAACAAACAGAGUCCGAAUCAUGCGUCAAAACAGCAACAGUGCAGACCAAGGAGAAGAAUUUUCAAACUUUGCUCCUUCCUACCCAUAUUAUAAGGAGAAGGCAUAACUUUGUUGUAGAAGGAACAAGGGCCAUAACUUCUCCUGAUAUUGGAAAAAGAAAAGUCUUUUGUGUCAAAAGAAAAAUUGAUUGUGAUACUGUUGUAUCCGUCAUUAAAUAUGUUAUUUUAAACAUGCUCACCAUCAUAGGCUUAUACUGCUGCUGUUAACUUACUUACUGGGAGCACUAAGACUUAUUACAGCCCACUGCUGCUGUUUACUUACCAACUGGGAGCAGUAAGACUUAUUACAGCCCACUGCUGCUGUUUACUUACUUACUGGGAGCACUUAGACUUAUUACAGCCCUAUUGCAUGGUCCAUUUGAUGUAUGUUAGCUCACCUGGUAAAAGUACGACACAGUUAGCUUACUCUUUGGCGCUUCGUGAUCUGAGGUCUAUUAUCUCAAUCUUGCCAUCUGUUGCAUCAGUACUUGUAAAAGAUCUCCUCCCAAACUAUUGAGCAAAUUUCAACAAAAUCUUGGUUGUAUAUCUAGCAUCUUCAGCCUUGGGGAUCUAAAUUAUAUAAAGGGGCUGAAGCUGGGUCAAAAGUUAGUCACAAGUGUGGUCGGGGUGGCGUAGAGGAUAAUGCACUCGCCUUUCACCAAGAGUUCAAUUCCCUGGUCAGACGUAAAAAGCUAUGGGGUCACCUGUCCGAUCACGUAGGAUUUCUCUUUGUACUCCGGUUUCCUCCCACAGUAAGACAUCCUGGCCAACUUGUUCCAUUAUUGUUGUCAAAUAAAAAAUGGUGAUCUGGUUUAAGCUUAUCUCCCAACUACUGGGUAGGUUCAACAAAAAUUCGGUCUUUAAUUUAUUCCCUAACCCACGGGUAUCAAAGGUUCUAUAAAUAAAGCUGACUGACAAUCUUUGGGGUUCUCCUUCUUAACUAAUUGGCAGAUAUUUCAACAUGAAACAAAAUCAGCUUCAAUUUCAAAAUAGACAGGUGAGCUAUUCAAGGCCCUGGCUUGGACCUGUUGCUUUACAUGAAGGUACAUUCUAAACUGAAAAAAAGAUUUCUUUUCAAAACUGAAUGUCAAGGAGAUGAAGGGCAUUAGAAAUAUUAUGAAGACAAAUAUCUGAGAUAUAUUAAUUUUGAAUCAAUUUAUUUCUAAUAUAAAUUUUGAGAUUCUAUGUCCUUAAAAUCAUGCAGCAUCUGAACAUGGUUGAAUGUUAAUGACUUCAUCGAAGACUAAUGUGGAAUUGUUUUAUUUAUGUAAAAAUUGUUCUGUCUUAAAUUUAAACACACAUAAUGUUUUAGUCUAUCAGUGACUUGUGAAGUUGAAAUGCUGAAAAUGCCCUGGGUAUGUUGUGAGUGGAAAUUUACUUCCUUAUUUAUAUACAUGUAAGAAUUAGCUGUCAGAUGUUGUGCCUUUAUUACGCAAGAAUACUCAUGUAUUUUUCUUAUUCAACAAUUUUUUUUCUGUCCGUUAAUUAUACUGGUAACUAUCAUUGCUUUCAAAAGCUUAUGUGAUAAUAAUCAGUGUUCUGGUAAAAAUAAAUAUGAUAUUGCUUUGUCACCUUUAUAAUUUUCAGGUUCUUUGCUUCGGUAAAAAGACACCAAGACAGUUUAAACUGAACAGACGUCAUUGAAAAAAUUGACGGUUACGUUUAUAUCUGUAUAAUUUCUGUAAAAUGUAUCUUUAGCUCACUAGUGGGGCGUCCUGUCCCUCCGUCACCCAAGACAGUGACGGAAAGGCAGAGAAAUAAUAAAGAAGAAGAUGAUAUGUGGCGGGAAAGUAUUAAUAUGUAGCAUGAUUUUCAGUCCUUGUCUGCAGUCCGGGGAAUACAACUUAAAAAGUGACAACACAGGUAUAGACACAAACAUGUACCUGUAAUGGACACGCCCCUUAUGAUUGACAAAGCAAAAGUACAAAUCAUCUGACAACGCGAAAGUACAGAUCACGUGAUGACAAGAAUGAUGCAUCUAGUUGAAUCGGAACUACGGUAGGCCCUAAAUAUGCUUGUGGAGAAGCAAUACUAUAACUAUAACGAAAUAUAAAAUAUAACCGGGUGCCACACAUUCACCAUACAGUCUUAGAUAUUUAAGGAUAAUGACAAUGUAGCUUGAGGUGAACUGUAGUCCAGGUCAUCAAGAUGUUUCAGUGUAGUGGGAAGUGUCAAACAUUUUGGUAACCUUUACACCAAACAGAGGUAAACAAUACAGUAAAUAUUGAUAUAUAGUUGUUGUUACCACUGAGACCUUUCAUUGUUCAGGAAUUGUUUUACACUCAUAGGCAAGCCUAUUUUACCUCUAUUCUAAUUGCAUAUAUUUUUUGAUAACUUGUUCUAAUCAUGGCUGACAAAACCAUCAAAUAUACAUGUACAUACAGUGCAUUCUAUGAAGGCGGUAAUAAUAAGCAAGGGAAGUAACUCCCUCCAAAUACAUUUCUGUGAUCAUGAAGUACUGACUGUUUUGUGUAUUUAUUUGUUCACGAAAUUUGUCUCUCAGUGUUGUGUAAAAUGCACAUGGUUGACAAAACCCCACAUAGUGUUAGAGUGAAAACUCUGGGAACUUUUGAUUUUCUUACACAAAUCCAAGAUUCUUCUCCUGUACAUAACUGUUCUCUAUAGACCAGAAGCACAUUGGGAAAGCCUUUAAGCCACCAUUAUUUGACAAUAAUUUACAAGGUUAUGGCCCUUUAUUCAAACAGGAAACAGUGUCUAUUUGAUAUCUCAAGUAAUUAUUUCUGCCCUUCGAAUGAAGGGAGACAUACUGUAUUGGUACUGGUUCUUCUUCUGGUUCUUCUAAUCGCAACUUGUCUGGGCCAUAAAUUUUAAACCGUUAAAUAUAUCUUGAUAAAACUUGAGGUAUGCCUGCAUCACCCACAAUUAGUGUGUAGUUCACUGAAAUUAGGUCACUAUGACCUUCACCUCAAGGUCAAAGGUCAAAUAAGUGCAACAUUUUCAGUAAAUUCUUGUCUGGCCUGUAAAUAUUAAAUCGUUAAAGAUAUCUUGAUCAAACAUCAAGUAUACCUGCAUCACCUGCAGAAGGUCUUGUGCCCCACUAUAUACAGA